UUUAUUCAUGAUAAAUCAUCAUAAUAACCUUUAGCGAACGUCUUGGUUAUCUCAAAGCACAUGGUACUGAAGAAAACGACACUAAUGCCAACACUUGUAAAAUUUUAUUUGUCAUCGCAAGAAAGGUUAUUGUUGUACUUGUAAGGCGCCAUGAAAAGCUGUAGAUUCAUCUUCCUCAUUAUUUUUCUUCAAUCAAAGAACUCAUACAGCUCCUCUUCUAGUGAUAUUAGUUGCGGGGACCUUCACACAGGAAACUGUACAAAAAAUGAACUACCUCGUGCAGAAUCACUUGGUAUUAUUUCCUGGACUUGCCAAGGUAAAUUCGGAAUAAUAAGAUUGAACUGUUCCUGUAUUGAAACAAACAGCACAAGUCAAGCUUCACAAGCCUGCUGUGAUGCACAAAUAACUGAAAACGGCGACAGAGAAGAAAUACAUCAAGGAGUUCCCUGUAUACUCAGCUGUACACCCUGUGGAAACAAAUCGCGAUCAGUUGAAUCAGUAGAUAGCUGGCAGUGUCAGUGGAAUGGUUUUCGUCUGGUGUUGGACGUUCAGGGACGUAUGCAGUUUCAUACUCGUUGCAACGCAAGAUCUCCUCCAUUGGCUACGCACGAUUGUGAUGGCAAAAUCUAUCAGAAGAAUAGGAAAAAGUACUUUGAUCAGAUUUCAAGCUCACCUCAACAGAAAGAGGAUAUAAUAUCUACAGUAUUUUGUAGUCAGUCAAGCAAAUAUCGGAACGACAGUUCUGAAUUACACAUCGAAAUAUACUGGAAUUGCACAGGUCAUUCGAAAUACAUCUUCAUGAGCUGCAAAGGAUCUCAAGAAAGAAAAAAAACAUUAGACCUCUCCGGAAUGUCCUGUCAAGCUUCUUUUGAAGAGGAAAACAACAGGGCCACAAGAGCAGCAUUCUGCCUUGGAAUCUUUGGAGCACAAAAUGUCUCUUCAAUGCAAACCAACAAUUAUCGAACAUGGCACUGUGAGUGGGGACGGUUCGCCUUAAACAUCUCACAGCAAAUCCCUGGUACUGGUUCUGGAAGUAUGCAAGCUGCAGGGACAUUAUAUCACAUACAAAGGCGUAACAACACUCAUCUUCAAACCUUUCAUAGUACUGAAAAAAUUACACAGACAACCACAUCAACGUCCUUACCUCCUGUGACACAGAAUUCAUCUGCAACCACGUUUUCUUCAAGUAACAAAGGAAAUGCCUCGUCUACCAUCAUCGGCAAAGUGAAGACUCUAGUAAGUCAGCCUUAUUCUAUCUCCAUCCGCAUGUUUUAUUUUCACCUAUAUUUGUUUACUACACUAAUAUCCACAUUUUCACCCAAGCAGUAA